GCAAAGCUACAGGCGGACAAGGCCAGGCUGAGUGCUCAGAACAUCCUGAUGAAGACCAACAGGACCAAACAGAAAGUUGACCAGAGCAAUGAGGAGCUGCGCAGCCUCAUCAGACACAUCAGAGACUUCCUCACCCAGGACGCUGCAGAUCUUGAGAGCAUUGAACUUGUGGCAAACGAGGUUCUGGACAUGCAGAUGCCAACCACGCCGGCUCAGCUGCAGAACCUGACCGACGAGAUCCGGCAGAAAGUGGGAGAACUGGGACAUGUGGAAAACAUCCUGCAAGAAAGUGCCGACGACAUCCAGAGGGCCGACAAGCUGCUGGACGAGGCUCGCCGAGCCAGCGAGGAGGCGCGUGAUGUCAGAGACUCUGUGGAGAAAGUGAAGCGAGCACUGGAAGAAGCUCAGAGAGCUCAGACGGCUGCCAGCAGUGCUAUCCAGCAGGCCACGGCCAACAUCCACAACACCAGCCACCUGUUGUCCUCGGUGGAGUCGGAGACGGCAGAUGCUGAGUUAAAGCUUUCAAAUGCCACCCAGAGGCUGCAGAAGCUCGAACAGGAUGUGACGCUGCUGAAGGAGAAAGCUGUGAACGUUACUCUUAGUGCCAAACUGACCAAUCAGGAAUCAGUGAGCGUCAGAAGCACGGCAGAGGAGCUGAAGAAGGAGCUGGACGGCGAGCUGAAGGAGAAGUAUGCCACCGUGGAGCAGCUUAUUGGUCAGAAGACGGGAGGCAUGGUUGACGCCAAGAAGAGGGCACAGUCACUUCAGCAGGAAGCCAAAGAGCUGCUGCUGCAGGCCAGUGACAAGCUGCAGCUGCUGAAAGAUUUGGAGAAGUCUUAUGAAGACAACGAGCGCGCUCUGGAGCAGAAGGCAGAGCAGCUGGUGGAGCUGGAGGCAGCAGUGAAGGGGCUGCUGCAGGAGAUCAGCCACAAGGUGACCGUCUACAGCACCUGUGUGUUUUAGGAUCGAAGGUGACCGAACGUCUCGAAGACAAGAACUGCUCCACUUGUAUUUUCUUCUAUAGUUUUUACUUCCAUGUUUAAUCCUCGUGUUAAUCUCAAUAAAAAGAUCAAAUCGGA